AUGCAACGCUGUGCUUGGAAGAUGGUGCAUGCACCUGUGUGCAACCGCUCGGCAUACGCCAUGUCUCCUCUUCUUUUGCCUCUUUUGCUACCCGUUUCAGUUGCCAGGGGAGGAAACGGAGUGUUAUGGUGUACUUUCCUGUCAGAUUUUAGAUUUCCGACAAUGCAGCCUUCUUGGCCCAAAGUGGACUGGAACUGCUCAGCACUGAAGGCAUGUGAUGGCGUCACCACGGUGAGGCCCAUAAUCGAUAGAAUGGCGCGGAUUGGAAUCCUCCACAAUCGCAUGGAGCAUGGCGCUCUAUUCCCAGCAAGCGAAUUACAAAUCGUGGAGUCGCUUGCGUUUCGUGACAGGCUGUGA